AUGAAGAUCGCCCAGUGUAUCGCUAUCCUGGCCAUGGCCUCUGCCAGCCUAGCGACCCCUACUCCCGCCAAGCGAGACGCUAAUGUUGACAUCGAGAGCUAUCCUUAUGACUUUGGAUUCCUGGAGGAGAAGAGGGCGCCAGCCGAGGAGAAGCGUGCCGUUGAUAUUGAAUCUUACCCCUGUAUGAUUCACAAUAUUCUGCUCUUUUCGUCAUAUGUCUCCAUACUGACUUCUUUGGGAAACACAGAUGACUUCGGCUUUUUGAGCGAAGAGAAACGCGAGGCAUCGGAGAAGAGGAACGUUGAUAUCGAGUCCUAUCCUUAUGACUUUGGCUUCUUGAGCGAAGAGAAGCGUGAGGUACCGGAGAAGAGGAACGUUGACAUUGAGUCCUACCCCUAUGAUUUCGGCUUCUUGAGCGAAGAGAAGCGCGACGCCUCGGAGAAGAGAAACGUUGAUAUUGAGUCUUAUCCCUAUGACUUUGGGUUCUUGGCCGAGGAAGAGUAG